GGCUGUGGGGGAGGGUCACGUGUGUACACAUUGUAACGCUCGUAAGCGUCUCCAGUGGACGGCCCACUCUUUUCAGAACAAGCUUCGUCGCAAAAGUUGCUACCACGAAUGGAGUAAAGCGAUAUAUAUUUUUUGUUUGCUUCUGUAAAGGAUUAAGCAACGCCGACCAGGAGUGCUUUUCGGGACGUUUCUUCUCCAAAUGCAGCGGUUGAGAAAUGCCUGUCGAAAUGCUACAUCCUGACCCGAUGCCUCCGUAGAUCGCUCCGAGCAAGUCUCAAACGUACUGUCCACCUCCUCCGGGGUCCAGCGAUGUGGAUCUGCGUGGUUUACAAUGAGACGGAAACCAGCGUGGACUUCCGUCUGUGCCAGGACUUUGGACUCAUCCUGUCCGUGUUAUCGCUGGUCUACCUGCUGGUGUGCUUCCCGCUGGGCCUGUGCUACAACGUGCUGCUGGUGGCCGUCAACCUCUCCAACAAGGUAUCCAUGACCAUGCCCGACGUCUACUUUGUCAACAUGGCCAUCGCGGGCCUGGUGCUCAACGCCGUGGCGCCCGUGGAGCUGCUCAGCUCCACCUUCACCCGCUGGCACGCGUGGGAGUACACCAACGAAGUGUACAUCACGCUGCUCAUCCUCUUCAACAUCUCCUCGCUGGUCAUCAUGUACUCCACCACGCUGCUCAGUUUGGACUAUUACAUCGAGCGGGCCCUGCCGCGCACCUACAUGUCCAGCGUGUACAACACCAAGCACGUGUGCGGCUUCAUCUGGGGCGGCGCCGUGCUCACCAGCUUCUCCUCGCUGCUUUUUUACGUGUGCAACCACAUCUCCACCAAGAUGGUGGAGUGCUCCAAGAUGCAGAACAAGGAGGCGGCCGACGCCAUCAUGAUGUUCAUCGGCUACGUGGUGCCCGCCGUGGCCGUCCUGUACGCCUUUGCGCUCAUCCUGCGCAUCCGGAAGGAGUCCACGCCGCUGGACCAGGACUCGGCCCGCUUGGACCCGUCCAUCCACCGGCUCCUUUUAGCUUCCGUGUGCGUGCAGUUUGUGCUGUGGACUCCGUAUUACGUGACGCUCCUGGUGCACACUGUGGCCGGCACGCCCGGGUACGCGGGCGGGUCACGCUACCUGCCCACCUACUACUUCCUACGCUGCGUGUCCAAGCUGCUGGCGUUUUCCAGCAGCUUCGCCAUGCCGCUCAUGUACGGCCAGAUGAACAAGAACUUCUCCAACAAGCUGCGGCGGCUGCUAGCCAGGUUGCACUGCCGAGACCAGUCUUGUCCACACGAACGCUCCGCAGUGCAGCAAGUGGUCACGUGAAGCCCCUCCCCAGCACUUAUCUAACGUCCCUCCAGAGCCAGUGUCUCGCCCUCGCCGUUUUGGACUGCGUUAAAGCGCGACAUAGCAAACCGUGGAAUUUCCUGUCACCUUCCGGAACGCGAGCCGACGGAUCCAAGAAACCACUAAGUGCUGCCGUUUUGUGUGCGUGUGCCUGCGUGCGUGUGUGUGUGUGUGUGUUUGACCAAGGGAAGCUCUCCACUAAGUCACUUUGGCUGCAUAUCGGCUCUCAGCUCCCCCAGCAGUGCAGCGGCCUGACAUCCUGGCAAUGUGAUGAACAUGCGAAUGUCAGCGUACAUUCAUUAAGCUCUUCUUCAAUAUGACGUCUCCCCCCCCCCCAGUUGCAGCUUGAAAUGAAGUCAUUGUGCAAGGAAAACAUUAGCUAGCUCCGUUCUCCGCGCACGACGUAUCACAAAAGACAAGCUGCUCAGCCUUUAAAUUAACUCCAACUUGAAGGUCUCUUCUUGGAUUGCGUUUUCACUCUGCUGCCAGAAUUCCAUUGUUGUGGUGCCAGACCGCUGCCGUUUAGUUUGGGCUCAAGAAAUAAAUGUUGGCAUUGCGGAAAAAGAUGUAUAACAUGUGUAGGCUGCUCAACACUCUCGUAAAAUUCCUCGAAAUGUGUUAACACCUGCAGAGGCUCUCUCGCUUCGAUGCCAAAAUUCUGCCAUUAAUUUGAAACUACAAAUUAAUUUUGCGCAAUGCCAAACUUUGCUCGAAUGCCCUCCGAAUGGCAGCGUUACCUUGGAUUUUGAAAAAAUGCCUUCACGUCUAAAUACCGAACCCUACACCCUCGUUUGUUGUUCGGGGUUCACACAUAACCGCUUUACCUCAUUUCCAAGCAAAUCAUCAAAUCCAGACCAAGAAUUUGGCUCCAGUUGUAAGCUCCUUAGCAUUUGCUCUGUUCAGCUAGCACUCGCUACCAAAGCUGUGUUUGCAAAUUUAGUCUUUAAUCAUGUUUUUGGAAACAGUGCGCACUUGAGUACUCACCACUAGUACUUUUGAACUUUUGUUAAAAUGUAGAAAAACUGCACAUCUCGCCUUUCGGCAGCGCUUCACUAUGGGAAGUUCGGGUAAGGUUACAAUUUGGUUUUAUUAGCUCUACCGGCCUCGCAUCCAUUUCAGAAACUCUCUUAGGGGAUGUGACGAGGCUUUUCUAACACUCAUCAGUUAAUCAUUAGCUGCUCAAAGUUCAUUGUAGCUCUUCAUACAGUGUGCUGUAUACUGUAGCCACGUUGCACGUCAACUGUGGGGCAUUUAUUAAAUCCCAUACCUGCCGUAUUCUGAGAUAUGACACGUAACGUUUAAUUGAAGAAGUCAAUACCAUUUUGGAACCUUCACAAACUGCUGUCUGUCUGGAUGAAUUGUGGAAGACGGGUGUUUUUCCUCACCAUGUAGCCACAGCGCCAUCUGUCGGCCAAAACGUCUAUCAUUUAGAAUUCUGGCUGCAUUUAGGAUCCAGACUAGCCGUUUAUUUCAGCUUCAACAGCCUCAAAAGUUCUCAGUUCUAGUCAGAUGCAAUGUUUUUACGUUCAACGGCAAAACCUCAUAGGGUCCAAACGAGUCCACUUGUGCUUUUACCCCCCCCCUCCCUCUGCGUUUGAGUGACUAUGAUGCAAAAUGAUUGUGUAUAUAUUGUGAGCGAUCGAUAUACUGUACUGUAGGGUGCUCUUUGAACGCAUUCAGUAUUUUGUUGUUGUUUUUCCCCCAGAGAUUUAUCUAGAUUCUCUAAGUAAUCUACUUUCAUCUGAGUCAAAGACUGAAUAAAAUCAUAAACUAACUAAU